GAUUGGCUGUAAAAUUUUAAAAAAAAAAGAGAGAAAAGAGGGUUUUUGCUGUGUCCAGUAUGGGGGACACAAAAUUGUAUCUAUUAUUGUUACUGAGUGCCUCAGUUUUAGCUGACACAAGCAUUGAGGUAUCAGGACCUGAAGAGGACACUUCAGAACAGCCAUCAAGAUGCCCAUUGGCAGCAAGGUUCAAGAACUUUCGUAAAUAUAUGUACCAGUAUACUGCAGAGAGCAGAAAUGGUGUUUCCGGAACAGCCAACCUCAUUAAUGGCCCUAAAGUCACCUGCCAGGUGGAACUUGAGGUGCCUCAGACAUGCAGCUUUGUCCUGAAGACCACAGAGUGUUCUCUGAGCGAGGUGUCAGUCAUUGAUCCUCAGGGACAGCCUGUCUACAGGCAGGCUGCUGGAGCAGAGGCCUUCCAGGCGGCUAUGGAGAAGAACCCUCUGAAUUUUUUUGUGGAGGAUGUGACAACUGUGUCGAUCUUCCCUGAGAAGGAUGAACCGGAGAACAUUUUGAAUGUUAAGAGAGGCAUCAUCUCCGCCCUGCUUGUGCCAGUCAUGGAGGAGCACGACAACAGGAAAAUGAGUACCAUUCAUGGUGUGUGCAAGACUGAUGUGACCGUGAACUCGAGAAAGGACAUUGACAUUGAUGUUACUGUGGUCAGGGACCUUUCACAGUGUAGCCACUUCGAUCCCUACAAACUUCCUAGCAGUCCCCUGACUCUGUUACCUGGACUGCAUAGGGCUCUUUCCAAGACUAUCAGUAGCACCCAAGAAUGCAACUAUCAGUUUGACAACAGGAGGAAGCACAUGUCCGCAGCUCAGUGCACAGAGAAGCACAUCUUUCUGCCAUUCUCACAUGAGAACAAUUAUGGAAUCUCUUCUGUGGUGACUCAGAGUCUGACUCUACAGGACUCAGUGAAGAUCAACAAUAGAUAUUUUAACAUAGAUCACAACCUUGAGAGGAGUCUCUUUGAAAACAGAGUGAAGGACAAGCUUCCCAUUCAAUCCAAGGAUGAUGUUCUUGCCACCUUCAGGGAUCUGAAUUCCCUUGCCCAGACAGGGAGAGGGCAGCACAGGGGCAGCCUUUUCCAGAAACUGGUGUCCGAGGUCCGCGGCCUGAACAACGACACGCUGGUGGCAGCGCUGCCGGAGAUGAUGGCCGAGUCCAGUGCGCUCACCUGGCAGGUUCUGGCCCAGUGUGGUAGCAAGGAGUGUGACAGCGCCAUCCUACAGCACCUCCGCACUUUUGACCGCUCAAACCCGGUGGUGGAUGCCGUGGUCUACGCCAUGAGUCUCCGUCCAGAACCUUGCCAAUGUCGGGUCAAAAACAUGCUCAGCAUGGCACAGUACAAACAGAGUAAAGUCAUCAUGUAUGCUCUUGCCAAUGUGGUGGAAAAUUUUGACACAUUUACAGAUUCAAAACCCGUAGAAGAGGUGGCAGAAUUUAUGGAGUUCUUGCUGGGAGAUUGUUCUGGAGAUGAGGACAGAACUUUUCUAGCUCUGAGGGUCAUUGGUACAAUGGGGAGAAGUAUGCAAAUGUUUUCCUCGUUAAAGUCUUCUGUCCUAACAUGUAUCCGUGAGCCCUCUGCCCCAGCCUCAGUGCAGAAAGCGGCUGUCCAGGCUCUCCGACGGAUGGAUAUUGACUCAGAGAUCGGUGGCGCCCUGCUGAAAGUGUUCCAGGAUGAAGAAGAACCUGUGCAGAAACGUGUGGCUGCAUACCUUAUCCUCAUGCGAGAGCCCAACGAUCACAUACCAGAUGUGCUAAAGACCAAUGUGCAGAACCGACAGGUUAAAAGCUUUGUGUCCUCACACGUCGCCAACGUACUGAACUUUGACGACAGCAGAGGAAGAGGGUUAAGGGAUUUCAUCACGCAGAACGGUCCAGGCCAUAUUGUGAGCAAUCCAACGAGCUUCCUGUCUUCGCAUAAUUCCAGAAUGGAGGUGCCAGAGACUGUGUCCAUGGAGAGUAAUAUUAUCUAUGACUCUGACAGCUACAUGCCCAAGGAAAUUAUGUUGGAGACUGUUCUAAAGGCCUUUGAUGUCGACUCCCAGAUGAUGGAGAUUGGCCUGGAAGCGGAAGGAUUCGAGCCCACAAUCGAGGCACUUUUUGGCAAGAAUGGGUUCUUCCCAGAUACCAUCUCCAAGACCAUGUUCUGGGCCUCAGAAAAGGUACCAAAGGUCCUGGAGAACUGGAUUGCCCCCUUGAGAAGAGAGAGGAUGAAGAGACAAGUACCUGAGGACCUCCUGAAAGAAAUAAGUGAGAAUUUUAACAACUUGAUCAACAGCCUCCGCUCCCAGGGCUCCCCUGAAGCCAUGGCGUAUCUCAGAAUGUUGGACAUUGAACUUGGAUACAUCAAGACCAGUGACAUAAAACAAAUGGCAGAAAACAUUGCUCAGUACUCAGAAAUGCUGUUCAAGAUCUCCCCACGUGAGGUUAUUGGGUAUCUGUUGAGCAGUGCUGAUCGGGAGAUGUUUGCACAUUACAUGUUCCUAGACCAAGCAUUCACGCUCCCAACUAGCGCUGGGUUUCCACUGAAAUUCUCCUUGUCUGGAGUGUUCACCCCUGGUGCCAAAGGAGGCCUACACAUCUCCCCUGGAAUGCAAAAGAUGUCUUUCAUGCCGUCAGUGGGCGUUGAAUUUGUCACACAAAUGGGAAUUUAUAUUCCUGAGUAUGUUGUGGCUGGAACUGAGAUGCACACCAACCUGUUCCACGAAAGUGCACUCGACGCCAAAAUCACCAUGGAAAACAAUCAGAUCAAGCUUUCUAUCCCUGUACCACAGGGCAACACACAGCUAUUGAGCAUCAGCAACAAGUUGCUCUCAGUGUCCACCACCCAGACAAAGAUUGUGCCAUCUUUGGUCGAGGACAGGAGAGACUCGACAGACUGUAGUCCCCUCUUCACUGGCAUGAAAUACUGCACCAUUGUACGUUAUUCCAAUGCCAGCGCUACCAACAAUGCCCCCUACUACCCCCUGACAGGAGAGACCAGGUUUGCUUUGGAGCUUCAGCCAACAGGAGAGGUCAGAGAAUACACUGCUGCUAUUGCUUAUGAACUCCUAAAAGAAGGGAAAGAAGGACGCCACAGUGUUGAUUCCCUAAGAUUAGUGCUUAAGGCUGAGGGAGAAGAGCCAACAGAAGCAAGCGCUAUAGUGAAGUACAAUCGUAACAAGAACAUCUUCACCACUGACGUUAAGAUUCCUGACUACGACAUCGAAGCUGGAAUAAAGCUAGCACCCUCUGAUAGCACUGAGAAGGGAAAGAAACUGCGUGGUAUCACCAUCGACAUUACCAACAAGAAAAUCCCGCAGCUGUCCUUGAUUGGACGUGCCAGGCUGGAGUCCAUGAAGGAUGGUAUGUUACAGUUUGAGAUGAAAUUUCCAGCCUUAAAUAUGGAUGCUACGGGUACUGCCUCAUUGAAAUCUGCAAACAACUUGAUCAUGGAGCUAGAAAUGGACCUCAAACUCCCAGAGACUUCCUCUCUUCAAACAGUCACCCUCCGAUAUGAUGAGGACAAGGCUGAAGUUGAACUGAAGUCAGAUAUACACUCUGAUAUGGAAAAACUUAAACCGGUUAUGGAGAGCUACCGCAAUAGGUUGCAGACUGCCCUUGAUGACAUCCUCGAUCAGAAGGUGGCCAAAACAGACAUGAAGCUCCGUCACAUUGUCUCAAAAGGUUUUGAGGCUGUAAAUAUUUGGUUGGACAAGUUUGGUGCAAAUAUUCCUUAUGUGGGGGAUCUGAGAAACAAAAGAAAUACCCCAGAACUCUCCUUGCCCUCAAUACCUGAGAAGUUAUAUUUGACAUAUGAUGGCUUGUUUAGGUACCAGUUCAAUAAAGACAAAAUUACAGUCUCAGUGCCCAUGCCUUUGGGUGGGAAAUCUUCUGAGGACCUAAACUUCCCCUCCACUCUGUCCAUUCCCAAGAUCGAAGUGCCACACAUCGGCCUAGAUAUUCCUGCCAAAGAGCUACAGGUUCCAUCCUUUACUAUCCCCGCUAACCUGGAUGUCACUUUGCCUCUGAUCGGGGUGGCAGAGCUGACUGCCAAGGUCAGCAGUAACUUCUGUGAUUGGGAGGGAUCCAUCUCUGGUGGUAACAUCACUGUUGAGUUUCCCAGCUACAUCGCCAAGUACAAAAUAAUGUCCAGCUGCGGGCUGACUCCACUGUCUUACAACGUGGAAGGUACAGGAAUGAUGAGUAUGGAUGAAGAGACUAUCAGGUACCUUGUAAACAGUUCCCUCAGCCAUGGUCUCCUCGACAUCAGCUUCAGUUUGUCUGAAAGUGUAACUCUAGAUGCAAAAAUGACUGCAAAGUCCAACUACAAGGCUGAAGCCUCUAGUCCUCUUGGCCUGCACGCCUCCCUGUAUUGUUCUGCCCAGGCUUCUAGUACUGAGCACGAAAACAGCGGAGACUGGAACGUGGAGACUUUCAUAAAGAUGGGCCCACUGUUUGCCAACACAACAUCCAUGCACUCUUAUGUCAUAAACCCUCAUAAACUGGAAGGAAAAGGAGAGUCUACUCUUAAAUUUGACUCCUCAGUUAUUCAGGGUCAAAAUAUGAUUAAGGGAGAAUAUGCAAAUGGAGAGCUCUCUAUCAUUUCCAAAACUGCUGCACAGAAUGAUGCACUGAAGCAUGUGGCAGAGCUACGGUUGAAGGAAGCUCAGCUGUCUCUGAGGUCAGAAGCUAAUGCUAUGGUCCUAGACAAAGCUCUCCGUUGUAAAGCUGAUUUUGGCAUUUCCAAUGAGGCAGUCAGUCUCAGAAUUGAGUCCCAAGCAGAGGAUUCAACCAACAGAGCAUACUCAGUUCUCACAGGAUCUUUGAGUGCCAGUGGUCUUGAGGUAAACUUGGAUGGCUCCGUCAACUCUGAAGAAAGUCGUGGAUCACACAAAGGCACUCUUACUUUAGGAGCUAAUGGCUUAGCUGCUAGUUGUUCAACAAUGCUGCAGUGUAGCUCCAUGACCUUUGAGAAUAUCUUUAAUAGUGGAAUUGAUGCUGAUGGAGCUUCCCUAUCUAUCAUGUCCAAAGGAUCAGCAGAAGACAACAGAGUGGAGCUCAGCGUGGAGGGAAAAGUUACAAGUAUGGAGGCUUACCUAAACAGUGUUUUUAAGGGCAAUGUCUUCGAAGCAGAUGCAAGAAACACAAUGAACUUGAGGCUGAAUAAGCAGGGGCUAUCCUUCAACAAUGCUAUGAGUGGCUCCUUUAACAAGAUGAAGACUGAAUGCACCAACACUUUAACUGUCACUCUCUGGACCCUGGCCUUCCACUCCAAGACAGAUAACUUCAUAUGUGAUGGAGCUUCCUACAACCAUGACAUUAAAGUUAACAUGAAGCCUUUUAUUGCAUCCAUCAGCACGAACAACCAACUUGAGCUCUUUGACCUCAAGCUUGGAAAAGAGGGUCAGCUGAAGUUGGAACCACUCAAGAUUGAUCUAAACGGAAUUAUCAGUGGAAGCUACGCUGAGGACGAUCAUUUCAAGCACAGUUAUGGAAUCAAAUAUGCUGACCUGGAGGGCUCAUUAAAAUGUGACACAACAGCAAAAGUCCUUGACUCUCAGAUCAGUCACAAAUUUGAGCUUGACUUUGCUGGACUGUCCUCCAUAGUAAACAGUGAAGCUCUUGUAAACUCUAAAGCUUUGCGUCUCUCCAGCACAGUACGUACAAUGGCCUUACCAUUUAGCCUCACUGUCAAUGCUAUUCUAAAUAGCGAUGGUGAGUUGGACCUGUAUGGGAAACACACUGGUCAACUGUACAGCAAAUAUUUUUUGAAAGCUGAACCAUUUGCCUUUGCCGAGGCCCAUGACUGCAGAGCGUCAAUGAUUCACAAGUUGCCUAACGGCCAGUCAGCUGAAUCUCAUCUUGAAAAUAAGUUUGAUGGCCUGCUGACUCCUAACCAACAGUCAGUUAUUUGGAAGUUCAAAUCCAAGCUCAAUAACCAUGCUUACAACCAAGAUAUUAAUGUCUACAAUAAUGAGGAAAAAACUGGAAUUGAAUUAGCUGGAGUCCUGUCAACAAAUCUUUUCAACAAAGGAGCAGAAUCAAGUGACAUUUCUCUGGACAAUCAGGAGUUUAGUCUGUCUGGGUUCCUCAAAUAUGACAAGAACAGUGACUCACACAUCAUUGAUCUGCCUUUCAUUGAGAGCCUUCCUGAAGCAUUUGAACAUGUAAAGUCAGCAGUUGUCAAUGUUCUUGAGUCCCUUCAAAAAUACAUUGAGAGUUUAAACAUCGGUGACUUGAUAGCUAACUUCAGAGCCAGUUUAGAGGAACUUCCAGGGAAAGUAAGUGAUUUCAUGGAAAAACUGGAUCUGGAGAACAAAAUCAACAUGGUAAAAGACAAAAUUGUUUCUUUGGCUCAUGACUACGCUAUCACCUUUGAUGACCUGGAGUUAUCUGUUGAAAAUCUCAAAACUGCUUCUGAAAAAACCCUGAUUGACAUUUCAACCAAACUUAGGGACCUAAUAGUUAAAAUCAGAGAUUUCUUUGAGAGUGGUUCCUGGUCUGACACCAUUUCAGCCAUCCUCACAAAGAUAGGAAAUGAGCUUAAAGCCUUUGAUGACACGUAUGAGAUCACAGGGACAAUAAUCAGAGCUAUAGAUGCAAUUGAAGAUGUUAUCAGACAGAUCGAUUUUCAGAAACUCCAAGAUAGUAGUGUGGCAUGGCUGAGAGACCUUGAUGCCCAGUAUGAAAUCAGAGCUAAGUUGCAAGAGAAAGUGAGUGAAUUUAAACAGGUCAUUGAGACCUUUGACAUAAUGAUGUUAGUGGAGGACCUCAGGGACUACAUCAUCUCUCUGGAUCUGGCUCAGUACCUUAGCCAACUAUCCGAUCAAAUUCCAGCUGAGGACAUAGAAAGAGUCCUUGAUGCUACAAAGGAUGUGAUUGUUAACUGGAUUGAUGAGUACGAAAUUGCAGACAAAAUUAAUAAUGUUUAUUUUAAAAUAAGAGAUCUUUUUGAAAGGUAUGAAGUUGACAAGAAACUUGAAAUGCUCAAGGACCAAAUAAUUCUUCUUGUCAAACAGUAUAGAAUUCAAGAGACUGUCCAGAGCAUAGUAGAUACUGUGAAAUCCAUUAAUUUUGAAUAUGUGCUGGACAGGGCAAUGCAAUUGCUUGAUACUGUUGUGAAUUGGUUAAAGGCUAUUGACUUGGAGCAAAGUGUUGCUGAUCUCAAUGAAUAUAUUGCAGCAGCUGUGAAGAACCUUAAGGCAUUUGACUACAACAAGUUCACUGAUGACAUCAAUCAGAAAAUUGAUGAAAUGACAAACUAUAUCAAUGAACAGAUUGUAGCUUAUGAAAUCCCACAGAAAAUUGAGGCUUCCAGAGAAUUUCUUCGAGAGUUUCAGACUUCUUUAUUUAACUACAUUGAACAACUUAAAAACACAAGGAUUGCAGAGGUCUUCAAGAUGGUGAUAGAUGUAAUCAACACUACAGCUUAUAAAGAUAUUAAAUUCAAGGUGAGAGAGACCCUUGAAGACUUCAGGCAGAGACUGAGUGACAUGGACAUCAAAAGUGAAAUUAUGCUGUACUUCCAGAGGGCAAGUGAAUCCUAUUCCAACUUGAUAGCAUACAUAUCAUCUCAGAUUGAUAUUUUAAUUGAGAAAAUCCGUGAGAUGGUUGAAGACCACAAAAUUCUGAAUGAGAUUAGUCAGACAGUGCAGGGCGUUCUCGAUGCCCUCAAGGCAGCAGAAAUAGAUACUCCGGCAUUUACACUUCCCUUCACUGAUCUCCAGGUUCCAGCUAUUCAGAUACGUCUAGAUAAGCUUCAAGACAUUGAAAUCCCAUCUGUAAUUGCAGUCCCUGAGUUCACUGUUCUGGACUCCUUCACCAUCCCAUCUUUCACCAUCAACUUUGAGGGAAUUAAGCUAGAGAUUGUUGGUUUCAUCAACAUGCUUCUUGAAAUUGAACUCCCAACACUGGAUCUUGAUGCAACCUUUGGAGAUUUGAGAGUGCUGUACCUCUCUGACCUGCCUGACUUGACUUUUUCAGAGAUUAAACUUUCGGAAAUUAAGAUUCCCUCAAUCAAUGUUCCAAAACUUAAUCUGGAAGGUUUUGAGAUCACAAUGCUACCACUUCCAGAGGUCAGGUUACCUCAGAUACCCACCGAAGUGCAAGUUCCAGCUUUUGGCAAGCUCUCUGGAGGAUUCAGAGUUAAUUCACCCCAUUACACAUUGAUGACAGAAGCAUCACUUGAAAACUCAACAAGUAUUCCAAACACCCCAGCACUAAAAGGCACUUUGAUCUCGCAGGCCAAGUCAUCACUAGAAUUCCUUGAGUAUUCCUUGGAUGCAAUGUUUCACCUUGAAUCUGAGCAAAUGACAAACCUGGUCCUCACUGAGACUGUGAAAGUCACUCACAUGGCCUUUUCUAUCGAUCAUGAAGGAACCCUCACACUAACUGGCCCCUCAGCAGAUGCAAAAUCGGUGACAACUGCCAAGGCCACUACUGAUAUAUAUACAGCUGACUUGGUCAAUACUGUAGGAGUAGUAUUGAAAAACGGGAUUGCUGUGACUGUGGACACAGACUAUAAUCACAAUUUUAACAUUCCUUCUGCAGAUGUCUCAUGCCAGACCACCAUAACACAAUCUGCCAAAGGUCUUUUUGAAUCUGGCACUAUUUCUGUGACUGUGGGUUCCGUGGGAAGUGGAAAGUGGUCCAUCAAAGACUAUUCUGAUGAAGGUACAUACAAGAGUGACUUGGAAUUUAAUAUCAAUACAGGUACUGCAAAACUUACUUAUACCGAAGAGGCAAACAGUAAGAGCUUGAAAAUGAAGAAGACUGUCAAUGCAGAAUCAAUCAUAUUAGGUCACAUCACUUUUACUGCCUAUGCUGAGACAGAAACUCCAUUCAUUAAGAGCAGUGUCAUGGCAUUGACUGGCAAGGCGCAGUUGGAAGACCUCAAAACUGAACUUAAAUUCUCUCAUGAUACUGAGCUCAUUGGAGGAGUUAGUGGAGUUAUUUCAAACGCCUGUGAGUUUCUGGCCCAACCAUUUGAGCUUAUCCUCGACUGCAAAAAUAAAUUAAACUCUAAGAUCCUGUUACCCUUGAAACUGACAGGAAAGAUUGAUCUGCAGAACGACUAUGAUAUUAUUCUAAAACCUGAAUUGCAGCAUGCCAGUUGGGUUGGUUUGGCACGAUUCAAUCAGUACAAGUGCAAUCAUAACUUCACUCUAGACAACGACAAAAAGGAUAUUAGCAUCUAUGCAUCACUGAAAGGUGAAGCCAACCUGGACUUCUUGACUGUUCCACUGAGUAUUCCAGAGAUGACAGUGCCCUAUUUUGAAACCAAAACACCUACAGUUAAAGAACUUUCCCUGUGGGAUCAUUUUGGCCUUAAGGAUGUGCUGAGCACUCCUCGUCAAUCAUUUGACAUGGAUUUUAAGCUUCAGUAUCAGAAAAAUCCAGACAUGCACUCCAUUGACUUUGAUCUUGAGCCUUUCUACACUGCCAUCAAUGAAAAUGCCAAGAUCUUGAGUGCAUAUUUUGAGCAUGGAAGAGAUAAAGUCUUUGAUUUUCUGACCAAUUCUUAUGAAGAAGCCAGGAUACAAUAUGAAAAGUACAAAAUCGAUACAUCGAACCAGCCACCCAGGACCUUCACUGUCCCUGGAUAUACUGUGCCCAUCCUUAACAUUCAGGUGUCCUCUUUUAGAGCUGAGCUACCUGCAUUUAGCUAUGUUAUUCCAAAGGAAGUCAGCACACCUGGCUUCAAGGUGCCAAUGAUGGGCUUUACAGUACCAUCAUAUACUCUAGUGUUACCAUCUUUUGGGUUACCUGUCAUACAUGUCCCUGAAACACUAAGAGAGCUGACUCUUCCAACAUUCACAUUACCAGACAUACAAGACAACAUUAAGAUACCUGCUCUGGGGAAUAUGACAUAUGACUUCUCAUUCAAGUCUGCAGUGAUCACUGUGAAUGCUAAUGGUGGCUUUUACAAUCAGUCUGACAUUGUGGCCAAAUUCAGAGCAUCCUCCACCUCUGUAUUUGACUUUCUCAAAGGGAAAAUUGAUGGCACUACCAGUCUCUCAAAGAAACGAGGUCUGAAGUUAGCCACAGCUCUUUCAUUGGAACAUAUGAAUUCAGAAUGUAGCCAUGACAACACAGUUAGCUUCACCAAGAGGAACAUGGAGGCAUCCUUGGGAACUAACUGCAAAAUCACCUUACCCAUUCUGACUCUUGACUUAAAUCAAGCACUCACGGGCAAUACCAACAGUAAGCCAAACGUUGCCUCCAAGAUAAAACUGAAGUAUGCUUUCAGUCUUCCUGUGAUCGAAGCUAUGGGCAAGGGAAACAUUGACCACAAUUUUGCCUUAGAGGCACUUACAUCUUAUGUCUCCUUGGAAAAUACUCUGAAGGGAAACAUAGAUGGAACAAUAAAAGAUAAUGGAAAAUUUACAGGAGCUCUGAACAAAGAGGGUACAAUUUAUCUGAAUGCUAAUGGUCUACGUGCAACUCUAAAAACUGAUAUAACCUCGGAAGCCAUGCAUGAAGCAAAUAACAUUUGGAAUAUCGGCGUGAAUGAAAACUUUGCUCUUGAGGCCUCUCUGCGCCGUGUGUAUGCCACACUUAAUUACACAUGUAAUAAUGAAGCCAAUUUGCUAGAUUUCACAACAAAUGGAAAACACUAUACGCAAGCAACUCUGGAAUUUGCGCCACUUGUGAUGUUGUCUGGAAAUUUGAAUAUUGACAUGUCUCAGGAAAGCAACCUUGGCCAUGCAGGCAUGGUGGAAAAUAUUGACCUGUCAAUUGUUUCAGACAAGCAGAAGUUCUUCUGGAGUGGUAAAGAACAGCUUGCAUCAACUAUCCAUUCCUCUGAUCUGAUGCUGUCAAAUGAUGAGAAUGAAAUACGAUUCGAGAUGACUGAGUCUUGGGAGGGCCAUGUUGAUUUCCUGAAGUCCAUUAAGUUACCUAUUUACCAGAAGAACCUGUGGGAUGUGCUGAAGUUUGAUCAAGCCACUAGUGUCGACGAGUUGCAAUUUCUUAAUGCCUCCACUAUUUUAGUGUACACCAAGAACAAAGAAGGAAUCUCUUUUGCGUUACCUACCAAAGUAUUUGAAAAUGGGAUUACUUUCAACAUUCCUGAAAUCACACUUAAGGUACCUGACAUGGUGAAUUCGAUAUUUGAAGAUGUUGAUUUGAUGGACGAUAUUUCAAUUCCACCUGUCAUCACCAUACCAGAUUUUAAUCUACCUCUUACAACACUCCAUGUACCAUCCUUCACAAUUGAUCUGAAGAAUUUAGAAAUUCCAAAUAUGAUCACCACAACUGCUUUUGACAUAACCUUGCCUGGACUGCCCAAGAUGGAAGUUCCCAGCUUUAACAUUGACACAAAAUACAUCAAGGACAAAAUGUCUUUCCUGUUGGUGAAGUUGCCUCAGUAUGAAAUCACCAUUUCAUCUUUUACUCUACCUAAAACUUUUACCAUUGGGGAAAACACCAUAAACUUGGAUGAAAUCACAAACAAAAUUUAUCAUUUUGAGAUGCCAACCAUAACCAUACCUGAGCAAAAAAUUGACAUCCCAGAGAUUUCACUGUAUCUACCAGCCAGUGUGUUCAUCCCAUCAUUCGGUGCUCUCUCUGCUACUGUGAAGCUCUCCUCACCCAUUUACAACAACACGUGGACUGGAAAAAUGGAGAACAGAGAUCCUAACUUUGUGUGCUCGCUCAAGUCCUCCUGUACCUCCACCAUGACGUUCUUGGAAUAUGACCUCGAUGCUACAGCCAGUUUCCUUCUUGAGAAUGGAGCCCUGUUAAUAGAUGGGAAAUGCACACUAUCACACAGUGACUUCAACAUCAACUGCAAACAUAACACCCGACAGGACGUUAGAAUGAAGCGGGAAGCACCCUCCGGAUCCAGACACACUUUGGAUGUGGACUUCACAAGCCAAACUUUUGCUGAUGUGAGUUUCCGCUUUGCAUCUCACAACAACGGCAUCACUGCUUCAGUCUCAUCCCCAUCCUCGGGAUUCAUUGGAUUCCUGUUCACAAGAAGAUCACCAUCACAGUUCUAUGGAAAACUCUUCAGCCGUUACUUGUCUACGCCUGAUAAGGACACAGACCUGCUCAGUUUCAAAACUACUCUGAGAAACUCAGAGAAGCUUAGCUUUCAGUUUGGCUGGUACCUUGAUGGACUAUCUGACAUGAUGAAUGGGCUCAAGGACAGGAUGCCAGCCAUCACAUCUGCUCUUCUUAAGUUCAUAAACAAGUAUCAUACUGCUCACUUCGGUAUGGACCUGAAUCGUGCUGCUCUGAAGCUGAAGAACACAGUCUCAAACACUAUUGAGAAAGCCUACAAUGAGAUUCCCCAAACAAUCACUAGUCUGCAGGAUUCAGUGGAGCAGCUCAACCAGCAGGGCCAGGAGAUGUUGAGGAAAGCAGCCGAUAGUCUGCCUUCAGUCAACGUGAAAGAGCUUAGCGAUAGGUUCUCAAGCAGUGUCAAAGAACUACUCGAGAACUACGAGAAAAAUGCCAGGGUCCUCUUGGACGCUGUCAAGAAGUUCCUGAGUGAGACCAAAUUCCACUUACCAGGUUUGGAGGAGAAGCUCACUGGGCAAGAACUGUACCACAAGGUCAAGCGUACUAUCACUAAGGCUGUUAGCCGGGCAGCCCAAAGAUUCACCACUCUAAUAGAAUCCAUUGCUGAUACCAUUGCAAGCUUCAUCAGUGGAAUGAAUUUCAACAUUCCUGGUACAAACACAGUCAUCAAUGGAAAGGAAAUUCUGGAAAAUUUGAAAUCUACUAUGAGGUCUUUGCAGGAUCAGAUUAUCCAGAAAAUGAAGAGAUGGGAUAGGGUGAAGCUAGAUAAACUGCUGCAGGACCUGAGUGACUUCCUGAAGUUCCUCAUCCAGAAAACAGAGGAAUUAAUCUCCUCUCUAAAUAUGGAGAACCUUGAGGAGUUUUCAAAUCAAAUCAACAGCAUCUACAAUGAGGCCAACAACUUGCCCCUACUGCAAGGAGUCAAUGAGCAGCUUGAAGAAGCAAGAAGAACUGCAGCUGAGUAUAAAGACUCAGCAAAAAUGAAGGUCCAGGAAAUUUACAAUAGUAUGACCAUAGAACGUCUGAACUCUGACCUGAUAGAUCUGAUUGGGGUGUUGGAGUCUAAUGUCUAUGGUGCCAUUAACAGUAUAGUAGAUUGGAUGAAGAUGGCCUCUCAAAGUACACAGCCAUAUAUCAGAGUGACCAGUAAAAAGAUGGAUGUGGAUAUUCCUCUUCCUUUCUACUGGAAAAGCUUCAGUGAGUGGCCAAGCCUGGCUUAAGUUUGCUAUGUGAAACAGAAAAUAUUGAUCUUAAAAUGGACAGAUAUUGACAUUUUUACCAUCUAUAAACAAAGUAUUUAACAUUGUAAUAGUUAUGUUACAUAAUAAUAAAAACAUAAUGUUUGAAUUGUCACGUGUUAUGUAAUUAAAUCAAUUUCCUGAUGAAAUUAACAUGUUACAUGUAACCAAAAGUCUUUGUAUGCAUUUCCUGUUUUUAUCUUAAAGAAACACAUAACGGUUGAGCAAAACUUUUUGUAUUACACCGAUUUGACUUGCUGUUAUAUUGACUCUUAGUUUUCAUCUGAUUUACAGAUGAUGCCUGUUAACACAGUCGCCAUAACGUUACUGUCAUAACUUUAAAUGUACUGACUGCAAUGUUUUUUUUAAACAUCAACAAUCACAUAAACUGUACAGUUAAAAGAAGAUUGUAUUGCAAUCUCAUAAAGAACUGGGGUUAAAUUAUGUUAAUAACGAUGAGUAAAUGAAUGAAUAAAUAAAUAAAUAAAUAAAGCUCCGGAAAACCACUGAAA